AUGGCUUUUCCCUAUCGUCAUUUUUUGGUCAUCGGUGCAACUGCGGGCAUUGGCCAAGCGCUGUCGUCGCGUCUGAUAAAAUCAGGAGCCAAGGUAACAGUGGUAGGACGACGGAAAGAGCGUCUGGAUGAAUUUGUUCGAGUGAAUGGCGAGCAGAGUGUUCGUGGGUUACAGUUCGAUAUUAGCAAUCUCGAUGACAUUCCUGAAUUUGUGGCCCAGACGAUGAAGCAACCCACGGACAUCGACAGUAUUAUCUUCAAUGCUGGAAUUCAGACGCCCAUGGAUCUAGCCGAUCCGGAAAAAUUCGAUCUUACCAGAUUCCAUGAAGAAAUGAAGGUGAACUUCUCCAGCUUCGUAGCUCUGGCUCACGCUUUCUUGCCCUAUCUUCUGCAGAACCCUAGCCCCACCAGUUUCAUCUUCACUGGUUCUAACUUGGCCAUUGUUCCCGCGGCGACGCUGCCCGCCUAUUCGGCUUCAAAGGCUGCUCUGAACGUCUUCACUCUCUGUCUUCGUGAGCAGCUUCGGCACAGCAACAUUAAAGUGUUGGAGAUUUCCCCGCCUCCGGUGCAGACCGAGCUUCACGACUACAUGGGUUUGGAGACGGGUCGAAAUCUUGGUAUGCCACUGGAUGUGUUCACCGAACAGGCCUACAAGGGAUUGGCUGAAGGAAAGGAUCAAAUUGUAAUCGGCAGCAUCGGGCCGAGUGAAACGUUCAACGAUAUUAUUGACAAACGUCGCACUGCAUUCGCCAACCUAUCUAAAAUGAUGCGCGGAGGGAAGCCAUAG